CUUGUCCAUGACGUGGGCCCCAAAAGCCACCGCCACCGCCGCCUCUGUUGCCGAUGCGGGCAGCCAGCGCCGUGUCCGCCACAGGUUGCUCGUCCGCCACGAUCGCGCGGGGGGAUGGAACGGGUGGUGGUGAGGAUCGGAGGCGGCUCGCCCUGGGGCUUCAGGCUGGGGGGCGGCGGAGAGGAACGCAGCCCGCUGCGGGUGCUGAAAGUGAGGAGGCACAGCCGGGCGUGGCGCGCGGGGCUUCGAGACGGCGACGAGCUGGUGCUCAUCAACGGCUACCCGUGCCGCGACGCGACACACUCCCAGGCCGGGCAGCUCAUGGAGGCGCGGGCCAGCGCUCUGCUGCUCGUCGUGUCCAGGCAAAUCUUCCCACGCGACGGCACCCUGAGCCGUUGCAUCGACGGCGCUCACGAGAACCCGCCGCCUCCUCAGCAUGAGCCGGCAGUGCACGCCACGGCGUGGCACAGCGACUCCGAGCCUGCAGGGCAUGCCACGGCGUGGCACAGCGACCCCGAGCCUACAGGGCACGCCAUGGCGUGGCACAGCGACCCUGAACGACUGGCACCGGCAAGUCCGGCUAUGGCGUGGUACAGCGACCCCGAGACGGCAGGUCCGGCCACGGCGCGGCACAGCGACCCUGAGCGACUGGCACCGUCAGGUCCGGCUAUGGCGUGGUACAGCGACCCUGAGACGGCAGGCCCGGCCACGGCAUGGCACAGCGACCCCAAGUCUGCAGGGCACGCCACAGCACGGCACAGCGACCCCGAACCAGCAGGGCACGCCACGGCUCUGCACAGCAACCCAAAGCGACUGGCACCGGCAGGUCUAGAUAUGGCGUGGUACAGCGACCCCGAGACGGCAGGGCCGGCGACGGCACGGCACAGCGACCCCGAGCCGGCGGGUUCGACCACGGUGUGGCACAGCAACCCUGAGCCGACGCGGUACGCCACGGCGUGGCACAGCGAUACCGAGCCAGCAGGGCAUGCCAGGGCGCGGCACAAUGACCCCAAGCGACCGGUGUCAGCAGCAGGGCUUGCCACAAUGUGGCACGGCGACCUCGAGCGGAAAGGGCACGCCACGGCACGGCACGGCGACCCGGAGCCGGCAGGAAAGACCAGGGCGCGGCAUGGUGACCCCAAGCGACCGGUGUCAAUAGCAGGGCUCGCUACAAUGUGGCACGGCGACCUCGAGCGGAAAGGGCACGCCACGGCACGGCACGGUGACCCCGAGCGACCGGCGUCAGCAGUGGCGGACUCCGCGGCCGGGCACGGCGACCCGGAGCCACUGGCACAGGCGGCCGUCCCGCCCCCCGUCACCCGCGUGUACGUGUCGCCCUGCAACGAGGUGACGGACCUGGGCCGCGUACGCGAGCGCAAGGCCCGCGCCAUCACCAAUUCCGACCCUGCGCGCGUCGCACGUUGCAAUGCCAGCUAUGUGCAGAAGGGCAUCGUGUGCAGCCUUGGACCGCCAGAGGGGAUCGUGGGAGCGUGCGCCUUGGCGAGCGCUUUGCCUGUCUCGCCAGCGCCGGCGGAGGGGAACGGCGAGCCGAGCGAGACGGUGCGCGCCUCCGCCAGCGCCGCUGCCAGCACCAUCGCGGCGGCGCCCCCGCUCUCCAUAUCGCUGCCUCCGACGGAGGUCCGUAGGGAAAGGACCGUCCGUAAAGCGACGCAGAGCAGCCGCCUGUACUCUGCUCACGCCGGCGAGUGGCCAGAUGGAGCGUUUGUGGAGGAUGCCUCCACAGACCAAUGGGCUGGAGGAGAUGGAAAUGGAGAGACUGUUGGAGGUUACGGCGGCGGUGGUGGUAAUGGUGGUGGUACCGGCGGUGGUGGUAAUGGUGGCGGUACCGGCGGUGGUGGUAAUGGUGGCGGUACUGGCAGUGGUGGUAAUGGUGGCGGUACUGGCAGUGGUGGUAAUGGUGGUGGUACUGGCAGUGGUGGUAAUGGUGGUGGUGUCGGAAGCAAUGGAGUUGGAGGUGGCGACGUCCCCGUGGUGUUGACGUCGGCCGCCGACAUCAACCUGAUCGCGAUGUCGCUCGCUUGCGAAGAGCUGUGCGAGGAAGAGGUGGGGCCGGCGGAAUCGGCGGCGGUAACGACAACGGCGGUGGUGGCGGCGGCGGUGGCAGCGGCGGCCUCACAGCUGGAUCAGCCGGGGGAGGUCAACGAGGUAGGACGAGGAGGAGCAGGUGAAGGUGGCCGGUGCCGGUGGCAGUGCAAGUGGAGGAGGAGGAAGGGGGUGCGACCGACGAGGAUGCAGGGUCUCUCCCGAUACGGUGGUGCCGUGCCUAUGUUGGGGCCUGUGGAGGACUGCGCAUCGGAAGAACUCACCACGACGUACAGAGAGCGGGCGAAGCAAGCGAGGCUACAUCGCGGCGAGAGCUCGUCCGAUCGCCAGGUGAAGGAGGCCAAGACCAAGUGCCGGACUAUCGCGUCGCUGCUCACCGAAGCGCCGGACCCCCACUCGCGGGGGGUGCUUAUGUUCAAGAAGCGGCGGCGGCGCGCUAAGCAUUACACGCUCGUCAGCUUUGGCGAGGGCGACGACACGGACGGCGGCGUCGACACGGACGCUGGUCUUGACACGGACGCGGCGCCGUACACGAGCGAGUCCGACCUCGACGAGGACAGCGCCUUCACCGACCUCGAGCAGGAGAUGGAGGCCGAGCGAGCGCGCGCCGCGGCCGCCUCCGCCGUCGCCCAGCUGGGCACGAUCGAUGGCCUCACCGGCAGGGGGGCCGAGAUGUUCAAGAAGCGGCAGAGGAACGCCGGCGUGGAGCCGGCCGUGAACGGGGACGCACCUGAUGAGUGGGUCUUCCUCGGCACGGAGGACCUGCCGGCCCCGUGGUCGGGCCCGGAGCCGCAUGAGGCGAGGGACAAAUUCUUCGAGCGCCCAGCAUGCGGGGAGGCGCAGCAACCUCGCUCUUCCCAACAGGGGCCGCCACUCGGCGUUCAGCUGCAUAACGCCGCACCGCAAAAUUCGUGCGCUUUCGUGCAGCCCAUGAUGCAGGUCCCGCCUGCUCAUCAAGUUCAUCCGAGCGCCGGCAACCCCGGUGUUGGCAACGGAGUGACGGCAUUCCAGCAGAUCACCGUUAACAGCAGCUCGGUGGCCCAAACGAGCAUGGCGCAGGAGAUGAUGAGUUCAUCUGUAAAGGUGAACAGCUUCCAACAGGAGCAGCAACAGCAGCACAAGCAGCAGAUGGUGGUCAAGACCAAGCAGGUGGCCAAUGUCGUGAACCGCACCGCCCGUCCGUUCACGCCCGCAGGUCCAAUCGAGAACCGUGCAGCAACGCCGUUUGCCGCGCAGCCCGCUCCCAAGAUGACCGCACAAUUCAACCAGGUUGCUGGAAAUGAACUCCCACUGAGGGCUAAUCCUCCAGAGCGGCAGGGUCAGGCACCGGAGAUUCCAUGCGUCGCUCAAGUGAAUGUGCACCCCGCAGUGAGCGCUCAGGCCACAGUCACCCCUGCGGUAACUCCGGUGGCCUCCCCAGCCGUCGUCGCACCGAGGCAGAGGCCCUCGGUGAACAUAAACUACGUCUCGGCACAAAGUCCUCAGCGCGGGGUCAACGCAGAUCAGCAUGGUAGUCGUGUGGCAGCAGCAGCAGGGUCUUACGCAGAGGCAUCGCCCGUUGCCAAUCCGGCACCGGUAUCUACAUGGAGUUGCCCUGAUGCCGAGCAGUCGAAGGAGGGCGGCCCCUCCAACAGCUACCUCUCCCCCGCCAGUCCACAAGUAUCGCAGCCUGUGUUCGCAAAUAAUCCUUCUCUCGGCACAGGUGAUCCCCCAGCUUACCAGCCGGUCACUUCCCAAUCUGCGUUCGCAGGAUCGACAAACAUCGUGCCUCCCCCGCCCGCCUACGCACAGCCCGCGGGGUUCGCAAGCACGCAGCAGCACAGCCAGGCGCCGCCGCCCACGCCCGUGACGCCGCUGCCGCAGCCGCAGCAACAGCAACAGCAGCAGCAGCAGACCCCAGUGUUGAGCGUUAUCCUUCCUCCGCCCCUGUUCGCUCAGCCCACGGAGCAGGAACAGAGUGGAGACGCCGCCGCCGCCAUCUUCAAUGGGCUCGGCACCGACACGGCGUCGACGUCGACCGACAGGGACCGUGGCUCUGCGAUCUGGUCACCGGAGCCCCCAGUUGAGCAGAUGUCAUCCAGGGAGCAGCGCAUUUCCAUCCCCGCGGCAAGGUCCGGCAUCCUGGCCGAGGCCAAGAAGCGCAACCAGGGCAACAAGGCCAUGUUCACCUUCAAGGAACCGCCAAAGAACUCGCCCAACCCUGACCUCUUGUCCCUCGUGCAAAACCUGGAUGACAAAACCAAGCCGGAGGGCCAAUUCGAGGUGGGGCUCGAGGAGGACUCCCUUGGCCUUGGGGCGGAGGCGUCCAACUUCUGGCAAACGCAGGCACAGGCGCAAGGCUUCAAGUCCCCGCCACCCGUUGCGCCGAAGCCAAUGGCAAAGGUGCAGGGCUACGAGGCAUACACGCAGUUGGCCAACCAGGCACCUUCUUGGAGUCAUCAGGCACAAGCGGGCACCAGGUCCGAUCCACUCCCCUCGUACCGGGCAUCUGAUACUGUCAGCAAUGACCUACCGCAGCAGCCACAGCAGCAGCAACAGCAGCAGGAGAUAAAGGCAACACUAGCACAGCCAACGGCGGAGGGCGCGCGGAUCGUCUACUCACCAGAGAACAACGCGGUGGCCGCCCGCAAGAAGGCCGCGCAGUCGGCGGCAGCUGUCCUCGCCAGCGACAUGUCACAGAUGAAGGGCAAGGGUGCACAGCUCUUCGCCAAGAGGCAGAGCCGCAUGGAGAAGUACAUCGUGGAUGGGACAUUGUCUCCAGCGGAGGAAAUGCGCGGCCCAUCUCCGACGCCAUCCCUGCCAUCCUCCUGGAAGUACUCUUCUCAGAUUCGUGCGCCGCCCCCCAUCGGCUUCAACCCCAUACUCUCACCCUUCUACCCACUCGCGGCGGCCAAGGGGCAUGCGACGCAGAACUCGCCCAAGUCUCCGGCGGCGGCCAAGACCAAGGGGAAACCUAAGCCCAGGAUGGAGAGUCUGGACGUAAUGAAGCAUCAGCCCUACCAGCUCAACUCGGCCAUGUUUUCAUUCUCGCCGCCCACACCGGCGGCGGCGCCAGCAGGCGGCUCGGGUCGACAGGCUCAGUCGCUACCGAGGAACGCGCCACCUCCAACCGCGGCGCAGGCGAGCGAGGCGACGCGGUCGCACUUGGCUGCACAGAAUCAGGCAUCAGCCAUGGUCACGACCCAGCUGCAGAUGGAGGUCAGGAGUGUGGAGAAGCCGGCUCAGCAGCAAACUCAACAGCAACAGCCAACCAAGUCGUUUGCCACAGUCUUGCCGCAGCAAAUGAACGGCAUUUCUACGUCUGCGGAAGCGAUGUCGUCGCCCCAAAUUAGCGCUAGGCCUCAGCCCUUGGUAUCAGCGCCAUCCCUGCUCAAUGGCCCUGUGCCGCCAACUAAUUAUGCGUCCGGGGAUGACUCUCAGUUGACAACGCCUCCAUCUCCUCACCAGCACCGCGUCACUUCACACAUCCAGAUGGAGGUCAGAUCGGCAGCCAGCGGAGUGCCCUCCAUCCCGGCUGUCAAUGCCUGGCAGCAGCCGCCCCCCACUGGCCUGGCGCCCGCCUACCCGGGCGGACACCAGCCACCUCCAUACCCAGGCCACGCGGGCGACAAUGCGGGACCCACCGGGUUUGGUACUCAGCUUACCCCGCUCCCAGCCGAGCCCCCACAAGUGUCGCUGGGAAGACCGGGCACCCAGGCUACACUUCUUGUGGCCACGCCUCGACCGUCAUUCUCAGCCAAGAAGAACAGGGCACAAGCCCAAGUGUGGAGGCCGGGGGUUGCCAAUUGAGUCCUUUCAUGGACCUGCGUCCGUUUACUGCCUUCAGGGGUAAUUAAUUUUUUAUGAGUUCCUAGAAAUGAGGUCACCCAAUGGCUUCUGUGCGUGGAGUUAAUGCUCUGCUGUGUCUAGUGAACCAGUGUCGCUUGAUGACUGGUGUUUGAAGCCUGAGUAAACUAACUUCAUGGGGCGAAGUUCAUAUGGUGACUCGGCACGGUGACCUGUGACUUCACAGUAAAGUAUAAAAAAGCAUAGAAUUUUGGUUUUGCACUUGCACAGUUAUUUAAUGAGCUCUGCUCUUGCAGCCUACUUAGAGUGAAACACACUCGCUUGCAUGAAUGAAAGCAGCGCCUCCUAGUGGUUAAUGACAAUGAUAUUUGAAGGUGUGCGGUAUCGCUUCCAGGUGUUUCCACCGUGUGACGUGUGCCACUAUUGACUGAAUGAUGAUCCCAUAACAGGCACUGUCUUGCUCUCUGCGUAGUACGAAUAAAGGAAUCAGACAAAACGUAAAAUUAGCCAGCUCUUCGGCCUUUGAAUAAAACUAGUAUUUGGUACACACCAAUUUUUAAAUAUGGUUUGUUCGAUAAUUAGCAUUAUGUACUUGUACAUAAUUGCAGCUGCAGAAGGUACAUUUUGGCAUGCACUAUUUUUGGAGGGGUGUUAUAAAAUAUCCACUUUCCCACCAAUCUUCUGCUGCUGACUGUGGUAAUGUGGAAAUGUAUACGCAGAGCUUGCAUAUUUAUAUUUUCAUCACCGAUUGUUCUUUUCACACAAGCUGAACAACUGGUUUAGAACUAUGAUGUGUUGCUUUGGUGAAUUGUGGGUAACAGAAAUUAGGCUUGGUUGAGAUUACAUUUUGGACCGCCCCCAUAUUUUUAAAUGUCUUUUGCCCCAAACACAAAGUCACCAACUGGAUAGGACACUCCCCGGUUAUCGGACUUACCGAAUUUGAAAUCAGCCCAGCUUGUUUAAAAACAUAUUACUGGAAUACAUUUGAUUUGGUUGGUUGGCUGGUUGGUCGAUAUAUUAAAUGUUAAUUAUUUCCAUUAAAUAAAACCCUUUCCUACCUGUUUAUGUAUUCCUAAUUGUAAUACAUGUACGGCACUUUGUUAAUCCACGACUGGGUGAAGGUCUCCACACUCCGUGCUGGUCGUGGCGUUUGGGUGACCAUACUUGACCUCGCUGGUCAGUGCGGGUUGGUGAAGGUUGGGGACCAUAGACGUGAGAAUGAGUACGGUACAGUAUUCCCUCGUUAUUCACGAGGGAUACGUUCUGGAGAUGUUCGUGACUAGCAAAUAUUUAACGAAUUACCUUACAUAAAUACAUUUAAAAAAUGUAAAUACAUGAACAUUAUAAUAACACAAAAAAGAAAAAAUUGGCUACAAGAAAUAUAAAGUAACAAAACAAAAAAUCAUGUUUUGAAGCAUUAAAUAAUAGUUCAUGAUUGAACUUACUUUAAAUCUCAUCACUUUAUUUAUCUCUCUCGAUGUGGUCGUGUCGAGUUCCAGAUGCGAUUCGCGGAUAGCCGAAAUUGCGCAUAGCGAGUUGGUCAAUAACGAGGGAAUCCCGGUAUAGACACACGCACAGCACAAGUGGAGUUUGCAGCACUGCCCUCUGCUGGACACCAAAUAGCCCCCGAAAAAAGUCUGUUAAUGAGAGAACUGGUGGCUCGGUGAGGUUGGUGACGCUUGCAGGGAAGUAAUGUUAUUUAAAAAAAUAGGGUCUCGUCACAUGGGAGGGUGGUCAACUCCACGUGGAAUAGACAAACGCACAGUCGUAUGUUGAAUCUCUUCACACCGUACGUAGCCAACCGUGCUCAUCGGAGGGGCGGGGGAAGGACAUACAACGAAACACAAAAGCUGUUUUAAAGAAUUGAGUAUUCAAUUUGGAUUUAAAAGUGCAACCACCCAUUUCAAAAUUCACCAUCAGCAAUCGGUGCACACAAGCAGACGGACUUGUGUGUGGUCCCUGAGGUCUCAACUUUCUGUGUAAACCAAAUGGGUGUCUUACCAAGUAAUCCAAGAGCAGAUUUGUUGUGUAAAGGUCAAACACACAUCUCAAAUUAACAUUAAAAAAAGCGAAAAGCUGAGAUUAUAAACCUCUUGACCAUUAUAUUGGGUAUUUAACGACACGUCAAUUGUAUGCAAAUAUUUAUGCUCACAAAUGUAUGUAUCGAAUCUUAUGUAUCAGAAUCGAUUAUUUAUGAUUGUGCAAAGUAUAUACAAAUGACGUGCUCAUGUUCGAUUUAAGCCGGUAAGCAAACAGCUGUACAAACGAGAGGGAGAAAAAACUAAAAAUACAAAUUAGACUGAAAAUUCGAUGAAAAAGAGUUACUGUUGAAUCAAUUCCCAACCCCAAAUCUUCACAGAGAAAGACCUUGAGGUGCUGGCUGUCGAUUCUGCAAUAGCUGCCAAUUUGGGCAGAAGUGACGGUGGUAUGUGGCAUCCAUGGUAUUGGUUGUGAUGCAAUUUUGACAUUUAUUUCAAUCGUGUCUAUACCCUUGACCAUGAAACUGGCAUGGUGGAUGACAAGGUGUAAGUGUUGUGAUAGAUAAUAGAUUGGUUGAAGUGAAAUCUAAGGUAGUCCUCGUGCAGCGGUGUAUUAGCACAGGCUCAGAGGACUCCAGCUGUGUCAUUAGCAAAUGACGAACCACUUUUCCACACAGGAAAAUGUACCGAUUUGGUGCGACCCGUUUUCAUAAAGUAGUCGAUUAGAACCAGGUUACAAUGAUAUAUUUCUCAAAACAUUGACGAACACAUGUACAUAUUCUUGGUUCUUUCUGUAAUGUCACGUAGAAGGGAAACAAUAAAAUAAAAAUAUAAUGAUGAUUGCUUGUGUUGCAGUCGAAACGUCGUGAGAAUUGUAUAGUUUUAUAAUUUAUUAUUUUAUUGUUUCCCUUCUACGUGACUUUACCGAAAGAACCAAGAAUAUGAAUCCCUGCAGUCACGAAAGCUUUAAAUCAGAACACAUGUACAUUUGUAUGUGUUUUUGUCUGUAAAAAAUAACCGUAGCUCCACCAAUCUCAGUUUAUGUAAACGGAGAGAUAUAUUCAUGAACAAAACCUUUUGACCCAAUAAUUCUACAAAUUUUAAUUAUAAUUCCUGAUUGUGCUUAUCCACGAGCAUUUCCAAUAGCUUGGCGUGUGACAUCAGUCCUGUUUAUGAAUCUUAUAGUGGAUAAGGUGUAACCGGUAUGCAACUAGCCACGUCAUUGUGAUGAAUCAUGUUACCAUAAGACAAUAUUAUUGAUUCAUUGUGUACUUACAAUUCACCAAGAUUUAAUUGUUUAAAAGUCCCAUGGGGUGGUACUGUAUUGUAUUGUGUUCUCCAGUUGUGUCCCUAGAACGGUUCAUUCCCUCUCUUCUUCAAUCUUGCACGUGUACUUUAUUUGUUUUCAGCUUCAUCCCCAUUUAGCAGUUCAAUCAACUCCUACAGUUGCAUUAUCAUUGGUGCAGCCCACGCGUAUAUGGAUCAAGCAAACUUCAUAGACGUUUAAAAUAAUCGAUUCUCACAUGCACAACUUGGAUAAUUUGGCAUACGCGCCAAAGGUAAAUUUUAUCACACGAAUCGACGCAUCCUUUCUUGGAAUAUCUAGCAGUUUGUUUUCUUUGCCAUCCGAAUUCAGUGGUCAUGAUGUGUGUUGUAAAAGUAUUUUCAGCCAAGGUUUAAAAGGGGUUCGCAACGGUGUUUUGUGCUGGAGUGGUUAUAACACGAGUAAUGAUGCAUUCGCCAAAUCUCGACCCUCAGUGUGGUCUCUCAGGGACUAACGGCAUAAAAAAUUAGGAGUCUUUGAAUGCAAAUUAUGAGUGUUUGAAUACAAGCUUUGGCCUGCCGUUAGGAGCAUUUUUUUACAGCAAAAGCCAAUUAAAUAACUGGUUAGCACGGUUGGCUACAUACAUAUUUGGUGUUUAACCUUUUGUUGAUGUUUGUGAUGAUUAUACGAGAAGGUAAUGGGAAGUGUGCUGAAGUCGCAUUAGCUUAAGGGAAUGUGUUAUGUUCCUAGCAGUAUCAGAAAAAUACAAAUUUGCAAGGAGAGCGAGCUACAACUGGAAAAAAGUAUGACACUAAAGUAUUUCUAUAAUUGUGCAUAACUUAAAUAAUGCUAUAAUGCAAGCUGACAUCCUUUACAAAAUUGAAAAUUUUCCAUGCUCAAACGUGUAAUGGAGAGUACUUUCCUCCAUUAGCAAGCCUGAGUCUGUGAAGCAUAUUUCACAUUCCCAUGACUGUGAGCAGUUUCUCCAGGGACUGUCCAGGGUUCACGGUGGCUAGGAGAUGUUAACUACAUUGGCCUGGGAAACAGGAGGUCGUGGGUUCGAAGCCGACCCUGGCACCUGAAUAUUUGGAGUUUGAAUGUUCUCACCGUUGUCACAUGGAUUUUUCUCCGGGUCCUCCAGUUUUUCCCUCCAUAUUAAGAAACAUGUGUUUAGAGUAUUUUACUGCUAUAAUUUUCCACGUGAUAAGCCACUUUGUUGAGCCAUUAUUUGUGGCCAGGUCGCUUCUGAAAAAGAGCUAUAUAGCUCAGUGGGUCUUUCCUGGUAAAAUAAAAAAAAAGUUUAGUUUUAUAGACUUGGUCUGCAAGGUGGUGAGAUGGCAGGAUGGCAAUUCUUCAGGUUCCGCAGUGUCCCAUAUGUUAAAAAGAACCCCACAUACAGCAAUGGAAUUGGCCAUACAGUACAUCCCAAUGUAAGACUAUCAAGAAAGAAAGCCUUGAGACUCCACGAGGCUUUCCUGGGUCAUUUGUUGAAUUCCAGUACUGUAUUCUUAGCUUUACAAAAUGCGACUGAUAUUAACUCUGUAAAGGUUGAGGUGUUACUCAACUGGGUUUAAAACUCGCAACCUUCCAAUCGUGAUGCACUCUACGGAGCCACCUGUGGCACAUUACCCUGUAUAUCCUGUGGAGCUGAUAAUAAGUAUAACCCGUAAAAACAAAGUUUUUCACUAUAAAUCCUUUAUAUGCGUGGCGGCUAGAGUCCUAUCGUCCUCUGGCUUGAGAUGGCUGCCACCUAUGGGUCAGAUGAUUGUCUGCCAGUAUUAAGCAAUUGGUAAUUAAAUAUUUAAUUUGUUUUCCCUAAACAGUGUAAAAUUUUGGGAAAAUUUUUUUUCACGAACAUUAAUUGUCUCGCACAACGAGUCUGUGUGCAAAAUGUCAGCUCGAUUGGAUCACGGGAAGUGGGUUAAAAAACGAGCGAAAGAUUUGCACGGUCGUAAGCAAGCAAGCAAGCACGCAAGCACGCAAGCAAGCAAGCAAGCGAACUUAAUAUAAAGGAUUUAACAAAAAUCAGUCCGUGUGAUUGGGUAUAAAAUUUGGGGAAGCUAAAACAGAAGAACUGCAAUGAUGGUGGCCAUACACACCGGACAUUGUGCAUAUGCACGCACGGGGUUUGCACAGAGCAUCACUCUUUGGGGUUAUUUUCUUCCCAUAAUUAUGAGUUGACUAACAAUUGCAGUUCUCGAGACGAUAUCUUGCAAGCUUUAAGAGGGUUUUUUUUUAAGAAGGUGUAUUUGAAGUACGAGAAGGGGGUCUGUUAAAGGCGUAGACGGAGAUUUGAGAAUCUCAAUGUGGACGGUAUAUAUGUAAGGUUGUUUGACGGAAUGUACAGACGAGAGGAUUUUAAUUAUUUUGGAGAGUACUGUGUCGGUUUAAAAGUGCCUGGAAUCACUGCACAAAUGCUUUACUAACCAAUAAAUGGCUUGUAGGACUAUUCAUUUGACAUGGAGAUUUGAAGCACAUCCUUUAAGACGUCAUGAAGAAAUUCUCAAACGUUUUUGUUCUUGUCGUUUUUUUAUACCCAUAUGGUUAUUGCGUCAUAAAAAAUACGUUUGCCAUGCACACCUCUCACAGUUUUAUGAGACAACUAGACUUUCCGUGUUUAAAAAAAAACCUAUAUUGCGUGUGGUACUGCUAUGUUAUCCCAUUAAAAUAAAUGACAAAAUAAACAUUUGAAAUGAACCACAUCCUCUA